AUGUCUGCCAGCAUUAUUAUCAGAGCGAAAUCGGUAAAAGCAAAUCUCGAGGGACUCCUCGAUGAAGUACGACAAAUGGAUCUAACUCCGUUAGAUCAAAAAUUGACAAUAGAAGUAUUGUGUCAGCAAUAUGAAACCAGGGCAAGAAUCAUCAAGGAAAAGUUGAUGCGCCUUGAAAGGUACGUUGGCACUCUCGAAAAAAUCAACGACAAAUGGUUGGAACACAUUCAACUAGCCCCAAAGUCGCAAAAAAAGGAAGAAGAAGAGAAAUAUGAGGAAAUGGCAAAGGAUGAUAGAGGUAUCUUAAAUUUAAUUAACAAAGGUACGGAUAUUAUCAUAACCUUAUCUAUGUAUAAGGACGAUGCUGAGUUAGCUCUUAAACGCUUAACACAAAAUAGGGAAUCUAAUUUAACUGAAUAUCGUCCAGUAGUAAAUUUACCACAAUUAUCGUUGCCAACGUUCAGUGGUGAUCCAAAAACAUGGAGAGAAUUUUGGA